GCGAGCCGCCGGGGCCUGGCUGGCACCCAAGCUGCAGCCGCAAGACGCAGGUGCGAAGGGCGCCGACCUUGGGGAGGUGCAUCGGGGCGGCGGGAGAGCUGAUGAAUGGAUGGCGGGGCGGGUGCCUGCAUGGGUGCGUGCGGGUGCGCGCACCCCCUCGUGCCUGCGGGUGUGGAUGUGGAGCAGGGAGACAGCCUCGUUGUUAUUCUGAUCACAGCAGCUCUGAUUCACAGACUUGGAUCAUGAAUAUAAGUGAAGACUUUGACGUCAGAGUUGAGAUUUAUCAGCAGAUCCAAUGGGGCAGGAAUAUUAAGUGCAAGUCGAUGCCAGCUAUCUGCCAACGUUAUUAGCAAUGCUCACCGAGGAAUGAGGCUUAACACCAAGGGCUGGAAGGACCGGGAAGGGGAAAAAUAAAAACGGGGAAAAGCAAGCAGAUCUUCUAGCAUUAAAGCCAGCGAUGCUGCACGGCCCCGCGGCCAUGGGGGAGCCGUGGCAGCCGCAGCCGCAGCAGCAGCGGCUCCCGGCGCUCGGGAACGCCUCGGAGCCCAGCGCGGGGCCGGGCACGGCGGCUCCGGGCGGCGGCGGGGCGGCGGGCGGCGUGAGCCCCUGGGACAUCGCGCUCUGCGCCACGGGGACGGCGGUGGCGGGCGAGAACGCGCUGGUGCUGGCCGUGCUGUUCUACACGCCGAGCCUGCGGGCUCCCAUGUUCCUGCUGAUCGGCAGCCUGGCGCUGGCGGAUCUGCUGGCCGGGCUGGGGCUGGUGGCCAACUUCGCCGUGCGGUACCUGCUGCGGCCGCCCAGCGAGGCUGCGGAGCUGGGAGCCGCGGGGCUGCUGCUCGCCGCCUUCUCCGCCUCCGUCUGCAGCCUGCUGGCCAUCACGGUGGACCGCUACCUGUCGCUAUACAACGCGCUGACCUACCACAGCGAGCGCACGCUGGGCUUCACCUGCGCGAUGGUGCUGCUGAUGUGGCUGCUGUGCCUCGGCGUGGGGCUGCUGCCCCUCCUGGGCUGGAACUGCCUGCGGGACCAGAGCUCCUGCAGCAUCCUGCGGCCCGUCACCAAGGACAAUGCGGCCGUGCUGGCCGUCACCUUCCUGCUCCUCUUCGCCCUGAUGAUGCAGCUCUACCUGCAGAUCUGCAAGAUCGCCUUCCGGCACGCCCAGCAGAUCGCCGUGCAGCAUCAGUUCAUCGCCACGGCGCAGGCCACCUCCACCCGCAAAGGGCUUUCCACCCUCUCCCUCAUCCUCGGCACCUUCGCCCUGUGCUGGAUCCCCUUCGCCAUCUACUCUUUGGUGGCCGAUUCCAGCUACCCCGUGGUCUACACCUACUGCCUGGCGUUGCCCGCCACCUGCAACUCCCUCAUCAACCCCAUCAUCUACGCCUUCAGAAACCCAGACAUCCAGAAGUCGCUCUGGCUGGCCUGCUGCGGCUGCAUCCCUUCCACCUUCUCCUCCAGACCAAGGACAUCCAGCGAUGUGUGAGGACUGAGCUCCCUUGCUCUCCUCCUCCUUUUCCCCUCCGUCCUUAUUGUUUCCUACCGGGAGGAGCCCUCUCCCUACCCCCAGCCAGCACAUCUCGUUCCAUGAAAAGAUGGCCAAAAAGAGAAAAAAAAAAGGAAAAGGGAAAAAGAAGGGGGGAAAGGAAAGAGAGUAGAAUGAUAAUGGUUUCGUUUAGAAAUGUUAUUUUCUUACACAUUUUAUUUUUUAUUUAAAAACA